GACUCGUGAUCCUUCCGCCGCUUCCCUUCUUCAUUGACUCGGAAAAAAAAUCCCCGAGGAAAAUAUAAUAUUCAGAGUACUUAUUUUCAAUCAAGUAUCUGCCCCGUUUCACGUGAUAUAUAUUUUUUAGGACCUCCCAACCAUUUCUCCCCUCCAAGGAAAGGGAGGGGAAAGAACUGUAUUUUUUUCCCAGCUCCCGAUCAAUCUAUAUGUUAAAUAUCCGUACUGAUCUGUCUUCAAGGAGAAAUACAUCGCUCGCUUUUUUUUAUAGCUGUACAAAAGGAGUGAAAAGCCAAGAGGACGAAGUCUUUUUCUUGUGGGAGAACUUAAUGCUGCAUUUAUCAUUAACCUAACACCCCAACAUAAAACAAAAGGAAGAAAAGGAGGAAGGAAGGAAAAGAAGGUGAUUCGGAAAGAGAGUGAUCAUGUCAGGGCGGCCCAGAACCACCUCCUUUGCGGAGAGCUGCAAGCCAGUGCAGCAGCCUUCAGCGUUUGGCAGCAUGAAAGUUAGCAGAGACAAGGAUGGCAGCAAGGUGACCACAGUGGUGGCAACUCCUGGACAGGGUCCAGACAGGCCACAAGAAGUCAGCUAUACAGACACUAAAGUGAUUGGGAAUGGGUCAUUUGGUGUGGUAUAUCAAGCCAAACUUUGUGAUUCAGGAGAACUGGUUGCCAUCAAGAAAGUAUUGCAGGACAAGAGAUUUAAGAACCGAGAGCUCCAAAUCAUGAGAAAGCUAGAUCACUGUAACAUAGUCCGAUUGCGUUAUUUCUUCUACUCAAGUGGUGAAAAGAAAGAUGAGGUCUAUCUUAAUCUGGUGCUGGACUAUGUUCCGGAAACAGUAUACAGAGUUGCCAGACACUAUAGUCGAGCCAAACAGACGCUCCCUGUGAUCUAUGUUAAGUUGUAUAUGUAUCAGCUGUUCCGAAGUUUAGCCUAUAUCCAUUCCUUUGGAAUCUGCCAUCGGGAUAUUAAACCACAGAACCUCUUGUUGGAUCCUGAUACAGCUGUCUUAAAACUCUGUGACUUUGGAAGUGCAAAGCAGCUGGUCCGAGGAGAACCCAAUGUUUCGUAUAUCUGUUCUCGGUACUAUAGGGCACCAGAGUUGAUCUUUGGAGCCACUGAUUAUACCUCUAGUAUAGAUGUAUGGUCUGCAGGCUGUGUGUUGGCUGAGCUGUUGCUAGGACAACCAAUAUUUCCAGGGGACAGUGGUGUGGAUCAAUUGGUAGAAAUAAUCAAGGUCCUGGGGACACCAACAAGGGAGCAAAUUAGAGAAAUGAACCCCAACUACACAGAAUUCAAAUUCCCUCAAAUUAAGGCACAUCCUUGGACUAAGGAUUCGUCAGGAACAGGACAUUUCACCUCAGGAGUUCGGGUCUUCCGACCUCGAACUCCACCAGAGGCGAUUGCACUAUGUAGCCGUCUGCUGGAGUAUACCCCAACUGCCCGAUUGACACCACUGGAAGCUUGUGCACAUUCAUUUUUUGAUGAAUUACGGGACCCAAAUGUCAAACUACCAAAUGGGCGAGACACACCUGCACUCUUCAACUUCACCACUCAAGAACUGUCAAGUAAUCCACCUCUAGCUACCAUCCUUAUUCCUCCUCAUGCUCGGAUUCAAGCAGCUGCUUCAACCCCUUCAAAUACCACAGCAGCCUCAGGUUCCGGUAGUGACUGCAGAUGAAUGGAUAAAGACCUGUUGGAAAGCAUUACUAUGUACAAGAGCUAUCACAGCAGAGUUCAUACUUUUUUAUUCAUUAAUCCCACUUUAGGGAUCUUAACUUCAGGGUACAUCUAAUAGAAGAAAAAAAGCUACCAUGUACAGAGAUAUGAAUAGGAAUAAUUAUAUAAUAACAAAAAAAGAGAGCCAAUAUGAUCUGAAUGGUCAACAGUAGGAAAACGUUUCAGUACAUUAUGAAAUCUCCAUUUGUAUGUAACCAUGAAAGACAAUUAUUAUGAAACUUACAUUUGUGGAAAUAUUCAUCUUAAUUUAUGUGGAGAAAAUUUAAAAGUCUCAUGUACCAUGUUGGUAACUGUGCCAAAAUGUGUAUUUGCGUGUGGAUAGGAACUAGAUACAAAUAUACAGAAAUUAAAACAGUUGUGUUAAAUUAGUGGGUAUCGAUGUUGUUGGAGGUGGGGUUUUUUUUCCCCUCAAAAACUUUCAUUCUUUUAAAUUGUUUUUAGAAUACCUCAGUGCCUGGGGGCAUUAUAUCUGACUGUGGCUCUGAUUGACAUGAGAAACUCCUGAAAAGUAUACAUACCACUCUCAGUCCAUAAAGUAUAAUUUCUUAUUUUGAUACUUAUACCUGAUUUUUCUCCACACCCCCAACAGAUCCUCCCAAAAUUAUUCCAUUUGGGAGACCAUUCAUCUGGACCAUCUAGAGUAAUAGAUCUUGAGGAAUUAUAGUUUUGCUAAUCAAAUAUGAACCACUUUAGAGAUAAUCUGAUCCAGUGCCACCUGAGUUAAGUGUGAGAUGUGGUUGGGAAUUUCAGCUAGAGCAGUUUUCUCUCUGCUUUGUAUAUUAGUCUUCUGGGUAAGGUUUCUUCCAGUGCAAUGGCUCUGCUAUUAAAACAAAUUUGAAAACCACUGAUUUCAUUUCACUUUCCUUAUUAUCUACUGAGAACUAGUGUCCCAUGCUUGUGUAUAUUCAGUAACUGGAAUAUUCAGUAACACAUUCCAUCUUUGUAUCACUUUGUUAGAAAUUUGUCCCCCUAUACCUCUUUCAUUCAGUGAUCCUACUCUGGGGUUAUAGAAAACCAACCCAACUCUUGCACGCAGAAGUCCUUCAAAUUUUAAUGAUGGCUAGCAUCCCCUCCAUACUAAUGAGGAUUUUUAAAUCCUAAUCCUGAAUAUGUUCUAAAGUACCAGGAUGUUAGGUUUUCUAUACAAUUAUUUGUCAUCUGCACAUUUCAUAAACACAUCAAUUUUUUCCUCUAUCCAAGCAACUAAUAGAAUAUAUUAAACAAGACAAGGCAGAGUCUACUAGUUUUUUGUUUUGUUUUGUUUGCCUUUACCGAAGUUACUGAUAAAAUAAGUUAAAUGGGAUUAUGCAACGCUUACUAGGGAUUAUUCUUCUGAUGGUCUCUGAAUAACUGGUCUCUUAACUACAGACCAACCUUACAAUACUCAUUUAUAUAAUAAUGUUAUGAAAACUAAGUAAAAUGCUUUGCUGUUGUCAAGAAAACUUUCAGAU